AUGAACCUGUGUCCCCACACCAGCUCCGUGAGCUCGUCCUCGGAGCAGUCGACCGUGCCGCUGCGCAUGGAGGUGGUGGAUGCUCUCACAAACCAGAGGAAUCUCUUGCAGAAGGAGGACACGCAGGCUGGAAAAUGCAAGCUGGCAUGCAUCUCUCUGGAGCGGAUUCACGAUGUCUUUGCGGGGACCCCGUCACUGGAGAUCUUUGACGAGAAUCAACAAGCGGUACGGUAUAGAUUUGAGACCUUGAUCCGGCUUGCAACAUUUCCAAAUCUUCCUCUAGAAGUCAUUUGGAUGCUGGCGUCCGUGAGCGAGCUGCGAAACUAUGCGGCCGGAGAUCCAGUUGUGCAAGAAGGAGACUGUGAUUCUGUUGAGUCUUUGCUGGUGCUCUCAAAGGGCUCUGCAGAUGUAAGCAAGAUCCUCUUCGAUGGCAAGCUCUUGGAAGCCCAGCCUUUCAAGAUAGCGCGCUUGUACCCCGGCGCGAUGAUUGGCGAUGUAUUCUUUAUCGAGUCCUGGAUCUCACGACAAGCCUCAUGCAUCGCUACUAGUCUAGUAGCUAGAAGCUACGAACGUAACGAUGCCCUUGUUACUAUAGUAGCAGUGCCGCAACCAAACUCCGCCUUGCGUUUGCACUGUGCGACGCCGACGCCUUGCUUGCGUCGAGCGGACGGACCUUUCAGGCCCACCGAUGUGCUCGCAGGCAUGAAACUCUUCUACGGCUUGAACCCGGCUUUUAUUCUCUCCGUGGCCAAUAUCACCGAUCGGAAGAUGAAUUUCUUGGGAGAUGUCUUCAAGGAAGAGGGCAGCACUGAUCGGACUUUGCGAGUGCAAGAGUUUGGCAAGGUUCGAGUUGAGACCAAACGGGAAGGCACCGUGGCCCUGAGUGACGUGGGAACGGUGCUGGGCGAGACGAUGUUCCUGGGGAUGCGCAGCGUGUCGCAGGCCACCUUCCGUGCGGCAACACCUUUGUUGGUCAUGUUGUGGAUACCGCAUCAUUCCUUCGAGAGCAUCAUUGACGAUGGCUAUCCCUCUGAAGGCGCCUACUUCCGCAGCUUGCAGCGGACGGACCAGGGCCGGGAGGACAUGAGCCACUAUGCACAUGAUAUGAAGCUCUUCCGUGGCUGUGGGCAGAGUGUGAUCCAGGACAUUGGCAAGUGCAUCCACCGGCAAGCCUAUAAGCCUGGCCAGACAAUCGUGGUCCAAGCGGCCAUUGAUGAUCGAUCACUGUUUCUGGUUACGACUGGGAAGGCAAAAGUCUUCGUCAAUGGGAAAGUGCAACCUGAGCUGUUACCUGGAGAUGUGUUUGGUCAGCUCGCCCUGCUGGGACUGGUGCUUUUGAGAUCUGAGACUUGGACGGACGAGUGCGGCGGAGACGAACCUCAUCACGAGCUCCGCAGCCUACACGGUUACACGCGAUCCAACGAGAGUCAAAGCUGGCCCGAGCGGUCCGAGGCCACUGUGGUGGCGAGCACAUACUGCAGUUGCUUUAAGUUGCCACGGCAAGCCUUCCUGGAUGCCUUGGAGAAGCACCCCGAGGAGCGAGACCCCUCUCGCUUUGUUCAUCCAUCGCAGGAAUCCGAGCGCCUGCUCUAUUAUUGGAAUCUGCAUGCAAAUCGGAGGAGUACUCCGCCCGGUGCAUGGGUCACAAGAGAAGGAGCCCUGCUGCCGACGGACGUGGCAUAUCUCUUGGUUUCAGGCGAAGUCUAUGUGACCGAAGAGAGCGGGCAUCGGAGCCUGAUGACGCCCGGAAGCGAGCAUGUUCUGAUCGGCCUGGCUGCCGGGAUAGCUUCCAUCGAACCAAAGACUGCUUGCGAAGUCCAGCUGAUAGGCCGCGCAGAAUUUGAUUCUGAGCCUGAAUAUUGGCGAGGACAGGAAAAGGUCAUGUCCGAGUGCCCGGAUGAGCGCGACAGCACGGUGCAGGGCAUCCUGGAUGAAAUGGCCAUCAAGGCACAGCAAAAGCUUGGAGUGGAACGAGGGGAAGUGCAGUGGUCGUGGGAGAAGGCGAAGCGCCGGCGCUUUGCUUCAGAGCAGGCGCGCUUUGCUUCAGGAGCCGCGAUCUCUGAAGCCUCACUUCUAGGGACAUGCACGUUCUAUCCCUACGCGGUGCGAGCCGAAGACUUAUGCUUGGUGCUGUCCUUGCUGCGCAAUGACUUCAAUGCUGGCGCCCUCAGACUCCCCCACGGGUUCCGUCAGCUCUUCGCAGAUGAAGAGGACCCCCGGGUGGGCGACACAAGGUACAUGCUGGUGGCCGGCAAUGCAGCGGUGAUCCUGGCCCACGGGGAGGAAGUGGCCCAGAUCAAAUCAGGUUCGCUGGUGGGCGAAGGCGGUGCCCUGGGCAUCGCCGCGAAGCGAUCGACACAAGUGAGUGCCUGGAAGGGUGGAAUGGUCCGGCUCAUCCGCUUGCAAGGACAGUCGAUUGGGAAGGCUGUUCAAAAGCAUCCAGAUGACUGUAAGGCUUUGGAAAUGCAGUUCCAGAGCCGUUCUCAGAAGAAUGCAGAGGCAGAAGCGAUCCGAAGAGAAUGGAUCGGAAAGACGGUCAUGCCUAUGCUGAAGAAUUGCCAAAUCUUCCAGGACUUCUCCACGAAGCUCAUCGCCAAGAUCGCCGCGCCGCUCCUGAAGAUCUCGUUUGCCAAAGGACAGAAUUUGUGCGUGGCUGGCGAUGCUGCCGAGUCCUUGAUGGUGAUCAUUGACGGCGAAGUUGAAGCCAAGAGCAAGGAGGGAAAGCCCGUGGCGCGGCUGAUGACUAGUGCAGUAACUGGAGAGCUUGCCAUUCUGGGCCUCCUGUCCUUUCGGACUGCGACCUUAACAGCUUGCCAACCGACAGACACGGUGCUCAGCUUUACUGAAUGCUGCGAAUUUCUUCGAGCGAUUUCUCUCAUUGUCGUCGUGACGUCCGUGGGUCUGCGUCAAAUUUUGAAGUCCUCGGAAGCUGCCAGCAAGCACUUGCAGAAGCUCGCCGAGGAGAGAUCGGCACAGAUCGAUCGAGGCACGCGCUGCAUCCUGGCGCCGGGCGAGACAUGGCGGAUCCCCGAUAAUGCCGCGGCCAGUGGCCGUCAUCUGUGGGUCGGCAGCUCAGACAUCUUUGCGCGGGGACGUGCCGGAGUCAUGGUGGGGCCCUCGGAGCAUCCGAUGAACCCCGUCCAGACGGUGGGCACUGGGGCGAUGGCGAUCCUGCCGGAAUGGCUGUGCAUGCAGUACGAGGCCAGGGCAGUGGCUUCGACUCCAGUGGACGCUUUUCGGGUCAGUUGUAUGGACAUCCAGCUGGCCACGCUCUCCGUGAGAACCAUUCCCACCUGGUUCCAACUCUUCCUGGGCCUCGAGCGUGAAGCCAUCGAGAACACCACGGCCAAGCUCUUCCGGGCCAAAGCGGUGAUCGACAUGAAUCGUCCCAAGGCACCUUCCAUGUGCACGAGUUCGCUCGCGAUUCGGCCGGGCACGGAGUCGCCGUUGGGUGCGAGGACCAAAGGUCCAAUGGGUGCGAGCCAGUCGGAGAUGUCACUGAAGCGACAUUCUUUGCAGUCCAGCGCUGAGUUCUUCUCCCGACGCACAGCGAUGGCCGCGCACAUGGUGGACUUCGACUGCCUCAUUUGUCGGCCAAUCGACCAAAAGCCACAAAGCAAUGAUGCUGGUGGGUUCGAGAUAGAAGUCUUCAAUGGAUUUUCUUGUUUGACACAGGUCGUUUUCUCGGCGCUCGCUGCGCAAACGAUUUUCAAGGGAUGUGACCCUGACUUGCUCAAGCGGCUUGCAGCGCAAGCCUUGGUGUGGACACCUGGGCGAGGGCAUGAGAAGCUUGCAGUUGCGAUGCGUUUGUCGUCCGGGGCGCUGUACGUGUGCGUGGGAGGUGGCCCUGCAGCGACGGCCACCAAUGGCUUCGCCAUCGGGCUCCCGGGCAUGCUGAAGCUCCACGACGCGGAAGUGCGGUUUAGGACUCGACCCAACAGCAUCGUGGACGUGACAGACAUCCUGGCGAAGCAUCCGCGCGAUCCAGAGAGCCGAGAUCCUUCUGGCGAAGAGUUCGGCUUCACUUUGCCAGACCUGAGCGCUUGCACCCUGCAGCUGGUCCGAGACUGCAUCAUGAACCUAUGCCCACACACGAUGAGCUUGAAAGGACACGAUCCAGAGAAGUCGACCGUGCCGCUGCGCAUGGAAGUUGUGGAUGCGCUCACGAACCAGAGGAACAUUUUGCAAAAGGAGGACAUGCAGGCUGGUCUAUGCAAGCUGGCAUGCAUCUCUCGGGAGCGGAUUCAUGACGUCUUUGCACGGUCCCAGUCAAUGGAGAUCUUUGAAGAGAAUCAACAAGCGGUUCGGUAUCGAUAUGAGACCUUGAUCCGGCUUUCAGCAUUUCCAAGUGUUCCUCUAGAAGUCACUUGGAUGCUGGCAUCCCUCAGCGAGCUGCGAAGCUACGCUGCUGGAGAUCUCAUCGUGGAAGAAGGAGACUGUGAUUCCGUCGAGUCUUUGCUGGUGCUCUCAAAGGGAUCUGCAGAUGUAAACAAGAUCCUCUUCGAUGGCAAGCUCUUGGAAGCCCAGCCUUUCAAGAUAGCGCGCUUGUACCCAGGCGCGAUGAUCGGUGACGUGCUUUUUAUCGAGUCCUGGAUCUCACGGCAGGCCUCAGUGAUCGCAUAUGAAGCCACGGAAGUCAUCGAGCUAUCAUCAAGGAAACUCUUGGAUGUCAUGGCUUGUUAUCCCGGAUUGACCUCAAUCUACGUCUCGCGCUGCAGGGAAGCAUCAGCGAUCUUGCAAAGAAGUCUGACCAGGCCUACGGAUGUGCUAGCAAGCAUGAAGCUCUUCUAUGGCUUGAACCCCGCUUUCAUUCGCUCCUUAGCAAACAUCACCGAGCGGAAGAUGAACUUCUUGGGAGAUGUUUUCAAGGAAGAGGGCAGCACGGAUCGGACUUUGCGAGUGCAAGAGUUUGGCAAAGUUCGGGUUGAGACCAACCGCGAAGGCAUGGUGGCCCUCACUGAUGUGGGAACUCUGCUGGGUGAGUCGAUGUUCCUGGGGAUGAGCCACGUCGCAGAGGCCACCUUCCGUGCAGCGACGCCCCUCUUGGUGAUGCUGUGGAUCCCACACCAUUCCUUCGAGAACAUCAUGAACGAUGGCUAUCCUACUGAAGGCGCCUACUUCCGGAGCUUGGACCGGACGGACCAAGGGCGAGAGGACAUGAGCCACUACGCCAAGUACAUGAAACUCUUCCGUGGCUGUGGGCAGAGCUUUAUCCAUGACAUCGGCGAGUGCAUCCACAGACGCGCCUACAAGCCUGGCCAGACAAUUUUGGUCCAAGCGGCCAUUGAUGAUCGAUCGCUGUUUCUGGUCGCGACUGGGAAAGCUUCAGUGCUCAUCAAUGGGAAAGAACAGCCUGAAGAGGAGCUGUCGCCUGGAGAUGUGUUUGGUGAGCUCACCUUGUUGGGACUGGUGCUGCUGAGAUCGGCCACUGUGGUGGCGACCACAUACUGCAGUUGCUUAAAGAUGCCACGGCAAGCAUUCAUCGACGCCUUGGAGAAGCAUCCGGAGGAAACCGUUCAUUUCGAGCAGCUCAUGUGCCUACGUGCUGUACAAGUGGCUGCGGAACGCGGCACCUUUCCCUUCUUGAAGAAGGCUUCAGAGCGCUUGCUCUACUAUUUGAAUCUGCAAGCAACUCGGAGGAGCACUCCGCCCGGUGAAUGGGCCACACGGGACGGAGAUCCUUUGCCGACAGACGUGGCAUAUCUCUUGGUUUCAGGCGAAGCCUAUGUGACUGAAGAGAGCGGGCAUCGGAUUCUGAUGUCCAAAGGAAGCUGUUUCGGUGAGCAUGUUCUGAUCGGCAUUAGAUCGAGGAUCUCAUCCAUCGAACCAAAGACAGCCUGUGAAGUGCAGAUGGUGAGCCGUAGCGUUUUUGAAAAGGUCAUGUCCGAGUGCCCCGACGAGCGCGCUGAAACGGAGCAGGGCAUCCUGGAAGAAAUGUCUAUCAAGGCACAGCAAGAGCUUGGAGUGGAGCGAGGUUCUCCGGAGAUUCUGAACCGCUGUGCCUUUUUUCGAGCGGCCCAUGAGAAGUUCAUGACGCUCAUGCGUCCUCGGAUGCGCGCGAUGCUCUUCAAGGUUGGCGAGUAUAUUACCCGGGAACGAGACUAUGCAGAUCACAUGUUCAUCGUGUUGAGGGGAAGUGCCGCGGUCAUGGGUGACGACGCGGAGACGCCGGUGCUGCGCUUCGAAGCAGGAGCUGCGAUCUCUGAAGCUUCGCUCCUGGGGACCUGCACCUUCUAUCCCUAUGCCGUGCGAGUUGAGAACUUGUGCUUGGUGCUGUCUUUGCCGCGCAACGACUUCAAUGAGGUUCUUGACCAGUUCCCGGACGAGAGGGAGUUGUUCAAUCGGCUCUUGGCAGAUCAAGAGGAGACCGAACGCAGCGACCCCGAAGGGCGGGCGUGCAUCGAUUUCUUGAAGGCCGUUUGCGAGUUCGCAGACGAGGUGUACUAUGCGGCCGGUGAAUGCAUCAUCACCUGUGGCGAGAGUUGCAGCGUGGGGGAAACCGUCAUGUACUUGCUGGUGGCCGGCAAUGCCGCAGUCAUCUUGGCUCACGGGGAGGAAGUGGCCCAGAUCAAGUCAGGUUCGCUGGUCGGGGAAGGCGGUGCACUUGGAAUCGCCAAUAAGCGAUCGACACAAGUGAGUGCCUGGAAGGGUGGAAUGGUCAGGCUCAUCCGAUUGCAAGGACAGUCGAUUGGGAAGGCUGUUGAAGAGCACCCCGAGGACUGCCAGGCCUUGGAGAACCAAUUCAUGAUGCGUUCCCAGAAGAACGCAGAAGCAGAGGCGAUCCGAAAAGUAUGGAUUGGAAAAUCUGUCAUACCUUUGCUGAAGAAUUGCCACAUCUUCCAGGGCUUCAGCGACUCGGAGGAGCUCAUUGCGAAGAUCGCGGCUCCGCUGCUGAAGAUGUCGUUUGCCGAAGGAACGGAGCUCUGCGUGGCGGGCGAUGCCGCGGACUCCAUGAUAGUGAUCAUUGAUGGCGAAGUUGAAGCCAAGUGCAAGGAGGGAAAGGUCGUGGUGACCUCGGCGGGUCUUCGGCCCAUUCUGAAGUCCUCGGAAGCGGCCAGCCAGCACUUGCAGAAGCUCGCCCAGGAGAAGUUGUCGCAGAUCGACCGAGGCUUUCCAAUUCUUUCGCUGCCUCUUGGAGCAUCAAAUGAUGUGCUGGUCCGUACCCUAGCCCUCCACUCGACUCGCUACAUCCUGGCGCCCGGCGAGACCUGGCGGAUCCCCACGAAUGCGACGGCGAGCGGCCGUCAUCAUUGGAUCUUUGCCCGUGGACGUGCCGGGGUCAUGGUGGGGCCUUCGGAGCAUCCGAUGAACCCCAUCCAGUCGGUGGGCACUGGUGGGAUGGCGAUCCUGCCGGAAUGGCUCUGCAUGCAGUACGAGGCUCGAGCAGUGGCCUUGACUCCGGUGGAAGCUUUUCGGAUCAAUUGCAUGGACAUCCAAGUGGCCACCCUCUCCGUGAGAUCGGCCAUUCCAAUGUGGUAUCAUCGCUUCCGCGGUCUCGAGAGCGAAGCCAUUGAGCACUUCACAGCCAAGCUCUCCCGCGCAAAGGCGGUGGUCGACAUGAACCGACCGAAGGCGCAACUCCUGAAGCCUUUGAAGAAGAUCAGGAGCCUUUUUUGCCACUUGCGGAUGCCGGUGGCGCACUUGUUCUAA